CUCCGUCUCGCUGUGUCAGUCCGGGUGUGACGUGCUGUCCGCGCGGUGCUCCCCCCCCACCUCCCGCCAUGUCCUGGGACUGCGUGACCGCCGAGCAGCUGGCCGGCUUCGACAAGUACAAGUACAGCGCAGUGGACACAAAUCCUCUCUCCCUCUAUGUGAUGCACCCAUUUUGGAAUUCUAUAGUCAGAUUUUUCCCAACAUGGCUGGCUCCAAACCUCAUCACCUUCAGUGGGUUUUUGCUUCUGGUUUUCAAUUUUUUCAUGAUGGCAUUUUUUGACCCAGAUUUUUAUGCCUCAGCUCCAGGCCAUGAACAUGUCCCCAACUGGGUGUGGAUUGUUGCUGGUCUGCUUAACUUCACAGCCUAUACUCUAGAUGGAGUAGAUGGAAAGCAAGCGCGCAGGACUAACUCCAGCACACCGCUUGGGGAGCUCUUUGACCACGGCCUGGACAGCUGGGCCUGCAUAUACUUUGUGGUGACGGUGUACUCCAUUUUUGGCCGUGGAGAAGCAGGAGUUAGUGUGCUCGUACUUUACCUUCUCCUUUGGGUGGUACUGUUCUCUUUCAUCCUGUCCCAUUGGGAGAAGUAUAACACUGGAAUACUGUUCUUACCCUGGGGAUACGACUUGAGCCAAGUGACCAUUUCCUGUGUUUACCUGGUGACCGCUGUGGUGGGAGUUGAAGCCUGGUACAAACCAGCAGUCUUUAAACUCUUGUACAGAGAUCUCUUCACUUCAAUGAUUGUUGGCUGUGCUGUCACGGUAACCCUCCCGAUGAGCCUCUACAACGUCUUCAUAGCAUAUCGCAACAACACUCUGAAGCACACGUCUUUCUACGAGUCCAUGCUCCCGCUCAUCUCCCCAGUGCUGCUCUUCAUCCUGUGCACCGUGUGGGUCUUGCUGUCUCCAUCAGACAUCCUGGAAGCCCAUCCCAGGCUCUUCUACUUCAUGAUGGGCACCACCUUCGCGAACAUCACAUGCCAGCUGAUUGUUUGUCAGAUGAGCAACACUCGAUGCCAGCCGCUCAGCUGGUUGCUUCUACCUCUUGCCCUGGUCGUAGCCGUUGUCCUCUCAGGAUUUGCCCAAGAAACGGAAACUCUCCUACUGGCUCUGCUGACAGGACUGGUUACUGUGGCACAUAUCCAUUAUGGAGUAAGAGUGGUAAACCAGUUGAGUAAACAUUUCAACAUUUUGCCUUUCUCACUUAAAAAACCCAAUAUGGAUUGACUAGAGGAGGAAGAGAAAGUCGGCUUGCAAUCUGCAGAGGUUUUGUAAAACAGCUUCUGCCAGCUUCGUCCAUCACCACAAACAAAAAGCAUUCGCCCUCUGGGUACACUGGAACCACUUACAUUAUCCUCAGACCAUUUGAAAAGGGCAACGAAAAAACAAAACAGAUUUCCUUGUGAUAACGGACAGACUGCUUGAUUGUAUAUAGAAGACCAGUUGAAUGUUCCUUGUACAAACGCCCCUCCGUCAUUUUGGAUUUACUAUGCGUUUGUACGUGUGUGCUUCUCUGCACGUGAUGUCUUACUGGGAACAUAAUGGGCACCUAGACCAGUGACCUUGCACGGAUCAGCUGACAUAUGAAAUCUAUACCUGUAUGUAUAUGGUACAUAUUGCUAAAGGAGUCCUCGUCUGUGUUGGUAAAUCAAGUGCCAUGACGUGACAUUUGAGCACAAGUGAAGCUGAAAAUGUCUUCAACCAAACUACAUGUGUUGUGUGAAGCCCACGGAUGUCUGUUACACUGCAUGAAGGGGGUCAAGGUGUUUCACACAAGGCUGCGCUCUAUCACUCAGCUCUUCGUUUCGCCAUUUCUGUUUUUAUCCGUAGCGUUAAAGCAAAACGUCUGUCUAAAGUACACCAGAGAAGAUGUUUUAUGUGAUAUUACCUUAUCUAAUGUCCUUCAAAUCUAUAACCAAGCCUUUCACACUGAUCUUUCUUCUUACAGCUGAUUUGUAUUUAAAUGUCCUCUGAGGCAGCCAUUGUGAGUCCUUUGUGAGUUUUCAGUCUGUUGCUGCAGGCCUUCGGCUGUAAGUAAGCCGAACACUUCCCAGAUUUCCAGAUAUCUCUAAUGUGGCUGGUCACACCUGGAAUUUUUGACGUGUGGUUGAAACCAUUCGAUCAAUGCUUCCAUUGCAACAUUGGCAAUUAUAAAAUAGAAAUUUGAAAUCUAAAAUUAUGGAUAUACACCUUAGAUUAUGUCUAAAUAGCCAUUAUAUGGGAUGGUUUACUAUGCUCCCAUAACUUUGCACCCGAGGUUUGAGAAUCCCACAGAUCCAACAUUUGUAGCACUCAAUGAUCAGGGGAUUUUGUGUUACUUUAUGGAGAAAAAUAAAAAUCUGUGUACCAGAGAUGGACAAAAUGUAGAUCCCCUGUCGUUGCCAACUUUAAAUAUUCAAAUGAUAUUCUGCUAUUCUUAAGACUGGUGAAGCAUCAUGGGCAGUUUAACAGCUGGGUUCUACAGUUUGAUCACUCUGGCUAUACACGCCAGCUAAACUGAGAUCGGUCUCCGUCUAUGUUGGAAUGCCGCCAUUAAUAUAGUGAUGUAGACCGUAAUCAUGUAGAUCAAGAGUGACUUUAUGUACAGAGUCAGUGGCAUCCCACAACUGCUUGGAAUGGUGCAAUACUGCACACAUCAUUUGGGGUGGGAUAGCAGUGCCCGCACCCGCCAUGUCCAGUUUCACGAGAAAGUGAUCUUCUGAUAACUAUAUCCUUUGAUGUACAGAAUUGCCAACAUACUGUGUAAAUUCACUCUUUACCUAAAGGUGAACUUUAACCACCACACAUGGACAGUUAUGGUGUUCAAGUCCACAUUUGAAGUGCAGAAAAUAUUUUGCACUUGUUCCCUGUUGUGUUGAAUUAUCUCCUUGCCUUUUCUAGGUGCGUAUUUUAAAGUGUGAUUAGACUGUAUCUACAUCACGCAUUAGGUUAUUAAAAGAAGAAGAAAUAUAUGCCGUUCUGCCAAAUUAUUUAUCCAAAUUUAGAUUGUCCCUCCAACACCAUUCUCUUGGUGGCAGGCCUGGCCCCUAUGUUCCUUACCUUUCUUCUCUGUAGAUCCCCUGUCUGGUGCUGUGCUUCAUUUUCUGUUGGUUUUUCCCAGUGGUGGUGGGAAGGUAUAGCAUGCCGAUUUUCUUUGAUGCCGUCUGCUUUUUGUUUUGUUUUAUUUUCUGCUGCCGUGCUUGUAUGAAGAGUGUAUCUAAACCCAUAUUCAUUUCUGGACAGGGUACACUUGGAGGCGCCAGGUACGGCCAUUGGUAUUAAUGUGUAAAUUAAUAGUAUUGAUAUGUAUCUUAAUGUGGGAAACACAAAUUAAUUUAGCAGAUGUUUAUUUGGGGGUAGAUUCAAAGUCCGACCAUGAGAAACUUUUGCCAAGUUCCAACUUUGUUUUUAUCUUAUUUAAUGUACCAUUUAUUUAUGUUUGGGUGUGGUCUCUUCAUCUUAUAGAAGUAUACAUUGUUUAUCUAUUGUGUGUAUCUUGUUUAGGUAGGUAUAUGCUGUUGUUUUUUUGUAUAAAAUGAAACUGAAAUAUCCACUGGUAGGAUUACAAAAAAAUCUGUUAGAAGUUUAACACUAUUAUGUUUGAGCUUUGUUUUCGUAUUUGAGUUCCAUAUAUUGUGAGACCUGUAAACGGUGGUAAAUGCGGCAUAUUUUCAAUGACUGGAGUACUUAUUGGAACCCCGCCCCCUGCGCAUCUCAUACUUGUUAAUCAUUAUUAAACCUGUGAUACGUUUGUGGCAGGUGCUCUCAUACAAGGACAAACCAUUUACUAUUUAAAUGUUCUUUUUAAUUUUUUUGUAACUUAUAAAUCACUGUAAACCAAGACUUGUCAAAUGUGAAAUUCAAAAGUCAAUUUGGAAAAGUGUUUUUGUUUUAUUUUUUUAUUUUAUUUUUAUUUUUAAUAACCGAAAACAAUGAAACAAUUAUAUCGUG